CAUCAAAAUGAUUCGCAACUACAAUGAAUCAUUCCGAGUUCAAACAAGGUCACAAAAGUGUAAUUAUAAAAAGGAAAGGAAAAAGUUAUGAAUUUUCGAGUGACAAAUACUUUCUUUCAUUUAUCAUCAAAUUUUCGUGACAUUCAUGGAAACAAAUUAAAUUUAAAAUGGAAACUAUUUAUUCAAUUAAUAGAAAUUUAAAUAAUGAUUCCUCUCAAAUUAUUCAAAUGUCAUUGACUCCAGAUAAUAAAAACAAUAUUAAUUUAUUGUUCUGCAGAAUUUGUUUCGAAGAUGAAAAUUCAGGCGAGUUAAUCGAUCCUUGCGAGUGUUCAGGUUCAUUGAAACUUGUACACACAAAAUGUCUCGAAAAAUGGCUUUCAAUUUCAAAUACAGAUCGGUGUGAAAUUUGUAAAUACACUUUCCCAAUAGAAAAGAAGGACAAACCUAUUCAAGAAUCAUUAUUCCAGUGGUGGAAGGCAACGAGAAUUUACAGAUGGAAGGGAAUUGUUGGUGAUCUAAUCGGUUUAAUUGUGUUGACACCCUUAUGCUUAGGAGCUUCCUAUAUGUGUGCUAUUGGAGCCAUAACAUAUUCACGCAUGAAAAUUAGAGAAGGAUUUGGAUUGGCAAUUUUGUGUUGCAUGCUAGUGGGAACUUACCUUCUUUGGCUAUUUAUUAUAAUAAGGUUUCAUUACAAAUCUUGGAGACACUGGUGCAAUCUUAAUCAGGAUAUAAGACUUUUAGUAAAACAUCGAAAUCCGAAUCAGUCGCAAAACAUGAAUCAACGAUCGAAACGAAAUCGAAAAAAUCGCCAAAAUCCAUAUAACACUGAGGAAUCGACUUUUUACUGGUUUUCCAAUCACAAUCAUUAUGCCGAUCCAUUUUAUUCCUUUUACAUGAAUUCCAGUUACGUUUGAUAUAAUUCUCGUUAUUUAUUAUUUUUAAUAAUUAUAUUUGUUAUUGUUAUGAUAAUUAUUAUAUUUGUUUUACAGAAAUUAGGUAUUUUUUAUAUUGUUUUUUUAAAAGAAUGAAAAAUACUAGUUUUUGUUAGUUGUGUUACAUAUUAACUUACUAUUAUUUAUUUUAUGUUGAAAGUAUAUUGAUUUUUUUUAUCAUCACACUAUAAAAAAAAUUACAUAUCUAUAUAGAAAAUUGUAAAAAAAAUCAACUCAGCCCAGGCGGAAAUUUCCCACUGGCAGGGUACCGCGCCUGUACAGACGUCGGUAAGACUGUACUGGCAUGGGUCCGCCUGACGACCGGAGCGGUGCAGACAUUCUACUGAAACCUGACAAUGUGUUGUAGUGGCUGCGCGCCUGGCUCGGUACAGAUUUAAUGCCGCCGAACAACCGGCGUUGUACCGGCAUUCGUCCGUCUGGCAACCAGGACGGGCCAAAUUUUGUUCCGAAAGAUGACUCGGUCCAGCGGGACCGGCGUUCUACUGGCAUUCGUCCGCCUAGCAAGCGACGCGGGCCAAAUUAUAUUCUCUAUUAAAAAAUAAAAUAAAAAAAAAUAUUUAAUUAACUAUGCAUGGUGCAUGUUAAUGCCUUUGUACGCUUUUAUUACGAAAGACUGAUUCCCAAAGAUGAUUAAGAAAAAUAAUAAUAAAGUAUAUAUUACAUAAUUUUCGUUUUUUUGCGCUUUAAACCUUAAGUACCCCGUCUUGACCCACUCUCCCCUACAAUACCGCUAAACAACAACUUAUAUAUAAAGUGAAUAAUAAUUUUUACUCAGAUAUUUUUCAAUAUUUUAGCAUU